AUGGCGAGGUCGGGGAGUUCUGUACAGGAGUCCGGGGCUGGCGCUUCAUCGUCUUUGCCAGAGCUAUCUGUGGGUGUUGUGGUUGCUGGCCGGCCGGAUCUAGCUCAAUCCUCGCUCGGCGGCGGCGGUCGCUGGUGGCGUGCUCAGAUCCGGGAGCUAGAGAAGUUGGGGCGCGGCCCCGGUCAAUGGGUGAUCGCCGACGGCUUCAUCCCGUUUCCCAUGACGGGUGUCUGCUUCGACUCCUUUCAAAGCCAGCGUGCGAUGGGACUUUUCCAGCUCAUGGUGGUGUUCGGCUUCUUCUUCGACGACGGCAGCCGGGUCCCUUGCAAAUUCUUCUUGCAUGGAGCUUGCUUCAAAGGAGAUUACUGUGAAUUCUCCCAUGACUGCAAUGAUCAACCAGAUAAUGUUUGCACGUUCUACCAGAAAGGGGCGUGCUCCUUUGGUAGCCGUUGCAGAAAUGAACAUGUUGAAGUUCAUCGUAACUGCCCCCAACCAGCAACCACUGCAGCACGUGCAUCCUCCAAUUCUUCUCAGAUAGUUGCUUCUUCCAGAGAUCCUCUUUGCAGCGAAUGCCAAACGGAUUUGUGUGACCAAACGCAGCAGAUAUCCAAGUCAACAACAACACUUUCUGCACAUCAACCUGCAUGGGCAGUUGAUUAUCAUGACCAUGACACUCCAGAUGAUACCACAAGCUGGCCGUCGUACCAAGCUGUGCAAAAUCAAACAUCACAACAUCCUGCUCAUCUGUCAAAUUGCUCUUCUGCUGCUGCUGGCACUUGUCCUUAUGGGAAAGACUGUUCUCAGAUGCAUGGAGAUCUAUGUGGCUGUGAAAGACAGUGCCUGAAUCCUUAUCAACCUGAUGAAAGGGGCGUGCAUGCCAAGCUAUGCAAGAAAAACAACAAACUUCUUGAGGCCAUGAGAAAAAGUGAAGAUAUAGAAUGUGGUGUGUGCUUGGACCGUGUGCUUUCAAAACCUACGGCAGCAGAAAGGAGGUUUGGGCUGCUAUCUGACUGUGACCAUUCCUUCUGUAUCUCAUGCAUUAGGAAUUGGCGUAGCACCUCUCCUAUGUCUGGCAUGGAUGUCAACUCUACACUCAGGGCUUGUCCAAUAUGCCGCAAACUGUCAUACUAUGUAGUUCCUAGCAUCACGUGGUACUCCUCAAAGGAAGAAAAACAAGAAAUUGUUGAAGGUUACAAGGCUAAGCUCAGGUCUAUUGAUUGUAAGCACUUUGACUUCGGAAAGGGCACUUGUCCCUUUGGAAGCAGCUGUUUUUACAAGCAUGCCUACGAUGAUGGCCGUUUGGAAGACGCUUUAUUGAAUCAUGAUGAUGCUGACGAUGCAAGUGCGGCGAUUGCCAGACUUAUGAGGUUGUCGUACUUACUGACUCGGGUGCAUGUCUAA